ACAUUUGAUUUGGAAACUUUAUCGCCCAGCCCUUAUAAGUGGUGACUUUGUGUAUUUAUUCCCAUUUAAAGUCAUUUUAUUCCUGAAAACAUUCAACGACCCUUGACCUUUGUGAUCAUUUGCAUGGCUUGGAAUGAAAGGGAGUUUAUUGGUUUAGCAGAAUGGUUUGUAUUUUUGUAACCAGGCUGAUUAAAAUGUGUUUUACGGCCUGAUGGAGAUGCAAUACAUAAAAAAAAAAGAGCUUUAUGGAUCGGGACACUGUGCUCACGUCUCCUCCUGAUGACCUUGUGAAACUUUUGGUCUUAAGCGUUGUUUGUGACGUCUUGUUGAAUAAACCUGAGUGGACCUGCAUCCUGUCUGGGCGUGGUUUACUCCCCGUGUGCGACCUGCGCUGCCUCAUCAGGCUUCAUUUUAUUAUCCACCACUCUGUGAUGUGGAUGAACUGAAAAUACAAGCUGGGAAAAACUAUGGAAAAAUACUUCCUACUCAAAGAUUGGAGAAUAUUUCAACCUGCUCCCGUUUUCUUCAUUUCCCCUGAACAUUUGGAGUGUAAUCUCUGAAGAGAUCCAACAUCUCCGCUGAAAGAUGAUCCAUCUCUAGAAAAACUCCUCACACUGCUUUGUGUGCCUUGUUCUGACCUUAUGAGGUUUAAUCAAAGACUCUUAGCCAUGGUCCUCUCCGUUUCACUUCUGAUCCUCUUCUACUUGACCGUAAGUCUAGAGAAGAUCAAUACCACCAGAGUAGCAAACUUCUCAAAGCAGGUGAACGUCACAUCAUCCCCUUUGAGCCCUCACAUCCCAGUGCCUUCUGAAGACUUGAGGAAGAUCAUCCCUCAUGACGUUGCAUACUGGAACCGCCUGUUCUACUCGGCAGUGACGAACACUGAGGAAAACGACAACCCUUCCAGGAGAGAGCACCCCUGGUCCGCCUGCAAGGAGGAGAAUCAGGAGGUUCUGAGAAUAAAUGUUCAUGACUUUGAUUCCUACCCUCCACUGUUUCAGACUUACCUGAAGGGCAUGAACUGCAGAUCUCCGCCGAUCCUAAUCAACCAGCCCAUGAAGUGCAACAACCACACCUUCCUGCUUUUUGCUAUCAAGUCGUCCCCAGCAAACUUCGAGAGGAGACAGGCAGUGCGGGAGACGUGGGGUCGAGACGGGGUGUACAAGAACGGACGGAGGGUGCGCUCGGUGUUCUUCCUCGGCAACUACCAGCCCGAUGACCCAAACCUCAGCGCACUGCUGUCGUUUGAAGCCAAACACUUUGGAGACAUUCUGCAGUGGGACUUCCAUGAGUCCCUCCUGAACCUGAGCCUCAAAAUGGACAUGUUUCUCCAGUGGACAGUGAAAUACUGUCCACGGGUGUCCUUCGUCUUCAGUGGGGACGAUGAUGUUUUUGUCAACACUGACGGACUGAUCCGAUACCUGGAGUCUUUAGACGCCUCUCAGGCAUCUCAGCUGUAUGUUGGACACGUCUUGAAAUCAGCAAGUCCACUUAGGGACCCAAAAAGCAAAUAUUACAUUCCUCUGACCUUCUACAGCGGGCCCUACCCUGCGUACACAGGUGGAGGAGGGUUUGUCAUCUCCGGAGAGUUGAUGCAGUCCCUUUCUUUUGUUUCAAAGCUGUUUCCUCUGUUCCCCAUAGACGAUGUUUACAUGGGUUUAUGCAUGAAGGCACUAGGAAUCACCCCCACGUGGCAUGAAGGAUUUCAGACCUUUGACAUCAAGAAACAAGACCGUGGAAAUGUUUGUGCCCACAAGCAAAAUCUCCUCAUACACCAGCGAUCGCCAAGGGAGAUCGAGGUGAUGUGGAAGAACAUCCACAACCCCCUGUUGACUUGUUGAACUGAUGGGUCACUUGCAUUAGUUUCUUUUCUUACCAUCUUGCAACAGAUGGGUUUGGGGGAAUGUUUUCCAGUGACUGUUUUAACUGGGUGAGAUUCAUGACUGGCACGCCACCAGAGUUGGAUGUACAAAUCCAACAUCCAAUAUUGUAAUGCUUGUAUUUCAGUUGUGACCUUAACUAAUUUAAUAUUUCAGUCAUGCUUUGAUUAAUUACAGUUCAACAACAUUAUGGCAAGAAAAAUAAAGCAUUUAAUAUGAGUUUUUAAAAUGUUGUCUUCUUUCAUUUUAAAAAUCAUGCAGCUUCAAUGGGGAUGAUCAUCAAGAAGAGGAGUAGCCUUGAAUGGUUCUAUUCCAAGUUCUGACUGCAUAUUUCUUCUUCUUUUUGGUGGUUGGCAAACAACAAAAUUGGUGCAUUACUGCCACUGACUGGUCUGAAGUGUGGACCAGAAUGUCACUUAAGAAUUAAAUUUUG